CAAAUAUGAACAUGAACUGCUUCGCUGUUUCGUCAAGUUGAUUAUUUCGUGCUACUUUUCAAGGUUUUUUUUAAUAAAACAUGACAAGAAAUAGUUUCCAUUCGUCAGCAGAGUGUCUCUCCAGGUUCAACUGUAAACAGUGGAGUUUUCUCAAUCAGACCUUUUAGUCUAUGCCAAGGUUUCCAUGACAAGAUCUAAAUAAAAUUUUAUUUUCAUGAAAAUUUAAUGAAAAACUUUCUCCAUUGAUGAUCUAACAAAAAUCGUCAAGAUUUCAAAAACCUUUGAAAAUACUGUUAUUAAAAUAUAAGGAUGAAAAAUAGGAGCAGCCAGCAUUUUUUUCUCAAUUUUCGCAAUCGAUUCGACCACUAUUUUAUUCAAGCUUGGUCUGACAAUAAAAAAUUGAAAUAAAUUUUAAGAAUUGUUCUACUCUUUGUUAUGAUAUUCAUUUUUGAAUAAUGAAAAUAUUUUAAAAAAUUAGCUAUUUUCGAAACAUGAUUUCGAGUGUAUAAGCAUGAAUAAAAAUAUGACAAGAUCUUCAAUACCUUACGAGGUUUUGCACUAGAAUUUUUUUAUUCUGUUCUUUUUCUGUGAAGACUGCACACUUUCCGAGAACUGCCGCUUGAAAAAUUUGAUGUGUUUGUUUAUAUUGAAGUUUUUUUCAAGUCCGCCCUAUUGAAAAUAAACUAAAAUAUCUUUAAGUUGAUAAUCGAUCCGUGUCGAGAUGUUAUACCUCAAAAUCGAAAAAUGUGGAAAAAGAAAUUAGUUGUGGGGGGAAAUUUCUGGAUUUUGCAUCAUUCCGUUUUCAAUUCGUGGAUUGAGAUCGAAUUCUUGGAUUUCGAACACCUAGAUGCCAAGCCAAAAGCAGUACAAUACCCUUCCACUUUUCGCCGAAUUAGGCACGCCUACUGAUACCCCGCUCUCCCUCUACUUCACGAUGUAUACAAACUUCACCACUUCGUUUUCGAACUUCAAGCGGUCAAGUGGACAGAGUUCUGUUGAUGCAAACACAAGCGUUUUUUUUACUAUAUAUAAUAAUAAUAAUAAUUUAAGAGUUCGAAUAUUGGUUUCGUUGACAUUUAUUUCGUGCAAUUCUGACUUAAACUAUAGGCAAUUAUAAAUAUAUAAUAAACGAAAAGAAUAGAUCGAGGUGCUGGUAUAAAAAAUAAAUUGAGAAAAAUGUCAUCGGCAAGUGGAUCCGGAAAUCUUCACGAGUCUCAACUAACAAAGAGGCUUCUUGACUUGACACGAGCGACUAAUUACGAACUUGUCCAAGAGAAUGGACAACGGCGUUUGACAGCCCCGGAGUUUACCAUCGAGAUGAAAGAGAAAUUGAAAGGUUCCGAAAUAUUCAUCGGUCGUUUACCGCGCGAUUGUUACGAGGACGAGAUCAUGCCGAUUUUGCAAAACAUUGGUCGACUCCUAGAGCUUCGAUUAAUGCUUGAUUUUUCGGGCUCGACGAGGGGAUAUGCUUUCGCACUUUUUGAGAGUCCGGCAAUCGCUCGUCAAGCUUGCCGAGCCCUCGAUGGCUACGAGAUACGUCCGGGUCGUAAAAUCGGGGUUGUUACAUCGAUCGAUAAUUGCCGUUUAUUUUUUGGCGGAGUUCCCAAGGACAAAACCAAAGAAGAUUUUCUCAAUGAACUUGGAAAGCUACUGGAUGGUAUUACGAACAUCUAUGUGUAUCCUAAUUCUCAGGAUAAAACGCAGAACAGAGGAUUUAUCUUUGUGGAAUUCAAAGAUCAUCGGGCCGCCGCUAUGGCACGACGCAAACUCAUACCUGGUAGAGUGAUUUUGUGGAACCACGAAAUCGCAGUUGAUUGGGCUGAUCCUGAGCCGGGAGAACCUAUUGAUAAUUACCUUAUGGAAACGAUUUCUGCACUGUUUGUUCGCAAUCUCGCGUUGGAUGCUCACCAUCAUCGCAUCCGAGAAAUUUUUCAAAAAGCUACGAACAUACCGAUAUUGAAAGUGAAGAAAAUAAAUCACUUCGCUUUUGUACACUACGAAAAUCGUCAGCAGGCUCAAAGCGUCCUCGACACGAUGACAAAACCAGGUGGAAUCGCUGAACAAAAUCAGUGGGAGAUUCGCUGGGCUAAGCCAUUAAAUUCGUACAAAUCGACCGAACGUCGAAAUUUUACGAAUGUUGCGAUCACUGGUGGGAAUGCCGAUGCGCCAAAACGCUCAAUAUUUGGCUCUAAAAUAAUAGAUCACAAAAAAUCUCUUAGAAAAAUAAAUCAAGAAAAAAUUGCAAUGGAUUUUAUCAGAUAUGCCAAUUAUCCACUACUUUUGACGAAAUUCGUCGCUGAGAAGUUCAAUGCGGUGUGUUCUUUCCAAUGUUACCCUAACCAGGAUGGGUUUAUUUGCAAGGUGACCGGUACAAGAGGAUCGGAGGUUAUUUUUGUGUUUGAAAGUCAAAGAUUCCCAUCUGAAAAAAUGGCAUUUGAGUACGGUGCCUUCGAUAUAUUUCAUCACAUGAAUGAUGCUGUUGAAAACUUCAAGCUGCAACCACUCACCGAAUGCAAUGAAAGGGGUCCACUUUACAAAUUCGAGGCAUGUCGAAGCUAAACAUCGUAUUUACAUACUUUUGUCUUUCUAUGAAAAUUUUUGAAUUCUGCUAUCCCUCAAAAAUUCUUUUUGAUUGAAUUUUUUAUUUUAUUUCUAGCCUCUGAGAUUAGCAUUGUUUUUAUAAAAUGUUUGUGAUUGAACCACGCAACUUUUUUUUUACUGAUGACCUAAAAUUUCAUUGUAAAUUAAUGUAAUGAUACAAAAACGUCAAUUUGAUAAUAAUACUAAGCCAAAAUUUUAUAAUCGUAA